AUGGAUCAGAAGACGGUGCACCGGAGAACCAGUAGCGGCUCGACCUUGCGGGCAUCGCUGAGCGCGCAGUCGGCACCACCACCUCCACCGUCAGUUCGCGCUUCCCUCUGGAUCCAUGAUGACAACUUCUCUCCGGAGGAUGUCCUCAUCAACGAAUCCGUCUUGGAGGAUUUGGCUAUCCGCGAAGGCAGCCUGAUCAGAAUAUACCCAGCACCAGAGACGUCCGAUGUCCGUGACUUCCAGUCGCCAGACGGUGAGCAAGGCGAUUCGAGGCGCAAUACGGGACCUCUGGCGGAUACCGAUGGCAUCUCUGGCUGGAAGGAUCACUACCUCUGCAUAGCUAAAUUUGCGCCUGCUGAGUUCAAGGCGAGGCAGACUAAUUUGCAGGUCUCUAUCAAGGCUCACAUUGCGACGGCGUUUGACUUCCGGCCACGGUCCCAUGUCCGCAUAGUCCCCGCUUCUUUCGAGGAAUGCACAGCGUCUCAUGUCGAAUUCAGCUUCAGAGACACCUACCUUGCAAGGUCGGACAUGUGGCGGUUGGUCGGGCAGGAAUUGGCUGGUCGAACAGUAUAUGCCGGACAGAGGAUCACUUACAUGGGCACGAUCAAGCUUACAGUCAAAGCGAUUCAUGUGCACCAUCACAGGGCCUCGACGGCAUUCUUCGCUGGCACGACAAUCCCCAUCUUCCGCAGUGAAGCUGCACGCUAUGUGCUCUUCAUCCAGAUGUCAAGCGAAAUGUGGGACUUCGAUUCCGAGGGCAAUGGGGAGAUCAUGUUCAACAGGGUUAUUAAUGGCUUCCUGCCGGACCUCUUCAAGCGGUGGACGGACUUGGAAGUUCGACACCUGGUCAGCAUUGUGCUCUUUGGGCGGCUGGAGUACGACAAGGUCGACCUUGCGAGGAACAAGGACAGGAGACUUGAAGUGGCGCCGGCCUCAGGCGCGCCCAACAUGACGGCUCGCCAGUACCAGGACUUCUAUCGGGUCGUAGUCACAGAUAUGGCUAGUGCGCAGUGGACCACAAUUCUGGAUGAGCUGAAGAAAGACUUUCGUGUUUUUCUGAGAGACAUCUCCCUACAUACGUCUAACCAGGAUGACAUAGUCGAGGACGAUACCAAGGCGCGCCCAGUACGCAUUGCUGGAAGACCAAGUACCGCCAUGAAGGGGAACAUCCUCGAAGCCAUCAAUAUUGCCAGUACUCAAUUCGCACACGACUUCGAAGACCGAGACCUGAUCCGCACUGGGGUCUCCAUCGUGGUCGUCACCGCCGGCACGGGACUGUUUGAAGUCAACCGAGAUCUUCUCAACCUGACAUCGCAAAACUUGACGAACAAUGGAGUGGGCAUUGACAUUGUUUGCUUGUCCAGGAUGCCGCUGCACUCUGUGCCUCUGUUCAAGUAUCGUUCAUUCGGAGCCGAAGAACCGCUUUUGUCUUCGAUGGCCGAAGAUGCCGGCAGUCAAGAUCGCCACUACUCAUCUAGCACGAGCUUCUUUGACUCGGUUCAGCCCAGAAAACUGUCACCGGCAGUCUCAUCCACAGCCACGAACAGCACCCGAUUUUUCGCGAGCUUCAUGUCAGGACGGAGUAAUGAUGGCCUUCACGGGUGGAGCUACGGCAUUCCUCAAUGGAUUGACCUCUCGUACUGGUCAGCCGACAUCGAGCCCCUGGAGAUCAAAGUAGUAGAGGGUCCAAGCAAGGCUACGGGGCCCCCGUCCAGACGCAAGAAGGGCCCUUUUGUCCCUCGAGUCAGGAUGUAUGAGAUCCAAAUGAUGGGUCUCAUGGAACUGGGCAUGGCGGAUAUGAGCAUACCGUACAUGGCAGAGACCCAGGGUGCGGCUACAGGGCGGGUCAAGCGCAGGACCUCAAAACGCCAACGUACGAACGGGAGUCGCAGUUUGUCGCACUCUCCCACUCUAUCGCGCAAAAGUCGCCUCAGUGCAGGUCGCUGGCGACCAGCCCCAGGACUGCUCUCCUCACAUGCCAAAGCAUUUGGAAGCGUAUUCGACCGAAUGGAUCAAUAUGACUCGGCGUUAUUUCAGACGCAGCUCAAAUCGGAAGCCGCUUCGAAAGCAUCCAAGGCACAGAGUAGUUCCUUGGCAGUCAUCGAUACGGCGCCGUCCAACCUUUUAGAGAAGCCUCAACCGGAUCCCAAAGCACCCAAAUCUGGGUCAGGACUGACGAAGGUACUCACGAAUAAGUCUUUGAACUCGCCCUUUCGACCGCAGCUGCCCUCACUUGUCUCGGCAGAUGCUUCAAGUCCUAACAUGACGAUCAAGAAGACACCCGAGGCUGCGAAGGUCAAUCGCACGCUGAACUACGCGUUACGGGGUCUGGCUCCUCCUGUCCGUGCUGUUCCUAGUACCGAAGUCAAUAUUACCAAUGCCCAAGCACAACCGCCGUUCGGCAACCCAGGCCACUCACGGCCAACUGUAGCCACAACAGCUGCCAGCAUCCGCUCUGUCUCUACCAAUAGUGUGCUCACUGAGAAGCACAAUGCAAGCCCCGCGACUUCACAAAGAUCUCCUCGUUUCCAGGGUCGUCUGGAUGACGCUCCAUCAAAGCCGAUCUCCAUCAAUACACCGUUGCGUAAGGUGCGCGAUGAUGGACUUGGCGAGGCUCAGGGAUCGGAUUCUACGGCACGGGGCAUUAAGAAGCACAUUUCCGUCGCCAAAGCCGACACCGGAUCCAAGCACGAACCCGAUAGUGACUCAUCAUUCUCUACAGAGAGCGACAUUUCCGAUAGCUCAGACGGUGUGGAUACAACCGAUAGCCAGCUCGGGAUGUCGGUGGCCAGCUCUGUGCCCAAGAGUGCACUUCCCUUCGUCCGCAAUGUCAAUGCGUCGAAUCCGUUGAAAAGGCAUCCUGAAAGAGAGACACUUUAUGGCAGAUGGCAGCAUCUAUAUCCUCGCAAGCCUCGUGCCGCAACCGUCAAAUGGAGGUCCCUGUGUACUCCUGCUUCAGUUCCGUUAACGACAGAAGACUUCCCAACCAAGGAGGAGCUUGAAAUGGACUUUGAUUCUGCGAUCUACGAGCUGACUCUGACGCAUUCAAACGAGCUGCUCGAGGAACCUGAGUCUCGUGAUAUCCUUCUCCGAGAAAUGCUGGCUCUGAGAUUUGCACACGGGUAUCAACUCGUCGUUGGUCCUGCAUUGCUCGAGGCUAUGGGGCCUGGUACAUGCGACAGCUCAUCUUUCUUCACACCCAACCUGGUAAGGCCCGAUGGUUCCUUCAUCGUCAUGUCGAUGGGCAACACGAUACAGAAGAUAUCGCUCCAACAACAUGAUCGCCUCCAGGUGACCAAGUAUCUCCGUAGACCACCGGCAGUCAAACCUCUAGCCCCGCAACACAUCAGCUAUUAUCCCAACAUCCGGACCAUUCUCUCUGGAGCAUACAAGCUUCGAGACAUGCAAUUUAGCGGCUUCUCCGAGCAAUACCCUUGGGAGGCAGCCGACAAGUAUCUCGAGAAUCUGCAGAGGCAGCCCGAUGUGGAUGUGCAAGCUCUUCGUUUCUGGCGUGCUCGAUUCGUGCUCAUCCCUGUAGCGCCGCCGGCAAACUCUUGGAGACCUGCGUCCGCUGAGCCCGAGGAAAGUGAAGAAGAAAUCCAUCUGCGCGGCAUCCGGGCGUUGACCCAAAUGUGGCAGAGAGCUCGAUACGUUCCGCUGGACGAGCGAAGACCAGCGCACAAUCGCCUCAGCACCAUGAAAAGGAAAGAUCGCAACCCUUUGAGAAUCAAUCUUGAGACCCUCAAUCCGUCCGAGCUAGUGGCGACCGAGCUCGACAAGCUUGUUGCGGCCGAAGAAGCUGGAGAAAGCCAGAACACCCAGCUGCUACCGGAAGCCGAACAAUUUGACCGAGAUUCGUUCGCCCUGCCCAAGUUGGCUCAAGCACUACAAGGCGAGAAUGGCAUCGAGAUCAAGACGAGAAGGUGGCACUGGCGACUGCAUUACAGCUGCUUCAUGGGCGAAGAUCUCACCAACUGGCUUGUGCACAACUUCCGGGACAUUGACACGCGAGAAGAAGCGGUCGAGCUCGGCAAUGAGCUCAUGAAGGAGAACCUCUUCGAGCACGUCAACAGCAAGCACAACUUCAAGGACGGGAACUAUUUCUACUCGAUCAAACCGGAACAUCGAACGCAGCGUACAGACGCGAGACAAUCGUGGUUCCCCGCAAGCCGUCGUUCAGAGCGGUCGAUUCCCCCUACUCCGGCGACUGAACACCCUAACCGGGAAUUACUGGGUGGCAGAUCUCGUUCAGGUUCCAAUCCGGCGGUUCAUGGACAAGCUGCCUCGGAGCUUGCAAAGACGCUCGCAGACAAGAAGAAGCGGACCGUCACCUUGAGCAAGAUGAUCCGCAUCGACGUGGACACGCGGAAACGGUCCAACAAGCCGGAAAUUGUCAACCUGCACUACGACAGAAUCCACAACCCGGAGAACUGUUAUCAUCUCGAGCUCUCUUGGCUAAACACCACGUCCAAGCUGGUCGACGAUGCCAUUGUCGGCUGGACGACCCAGGCCGAGAAAUACGGCCUCAAGCUGGUUGAAGUGCCCAUCGCAGAAGCUUUCAAAGUACCGGAGCAUGAACCCUUCCGUGCUGCCUACCGGGUCCAGCUUGCACUGGAGCCGCCUCGCCGCAGUGCAGCCACCUCGAUGUACUUCACGGCAGCGGCAUUCGGACCGCAAGCACCUCUUAAGGAGGACGUCCAUUUCUACCAGAAAGCCCUGCUGAAGCGCUUUAAUUUUGUGCUCGACCUCGAAGCGCCGUCCGAGUUUCCCGAGAACGUCGAGAUCAAGUACUCGUGGGGUGAUCUCGACUACCGAUACACACAAUUCGUGCACCGCUCAGGCGUCUGUCUCGCUCAAAUCACUGAUGAAGGGGACUUUCUCCUCCUCGCGAACAGACUGUACAAUUCCCGCCAGGCCUCGGCGAAGGAGACGUCCAAAUUCGACACCAGCAAAAAGGACAAUCUCAACCACAAUCUGACGCCAAACACAUCUAGCUCCAUGCUCAUGCGGCCCACACAGACACUCACGUCGACGCACUCAGCACCGGGCCCGAGCAUGCAAGCCUCGGGCAUCAUCGGCCUGAACGUCCAAUCGCCACACACGGGGCCGUACGCGUCACCACUCAUCCGCCCCCUCAAAUCGACGCCCAUCCCGCCAACUGUGCCUGACGCGCGGACCUCCUCGUCACUCGACGCGGGCACGGGCACGGGCACGGGCAACAACACCUCCAGCACUCCCGCUGGACUUAUUGCCCCCCCGACCAUUCCUCACCAUCACUUCCAGCCACUCAUCCCCAGCACCAACGUCGCGAUCCCGCAAACCCCCAAGCUCAUCACAGCCGACGUCCUGGGCACGCGCCGCGCCCUGAUCGCCUCGGGCCUCACUCACUACGUCACCCCCGAGCAAAUCAAGGACGACAUCGAGUCCUUCUGCCACGACGUCGACCAGCUCGACGACUUUUACAAGGAAGUCACGCUGGCCACGGUGCUGCCCGCGCCGUCUCAGGCCUCCGGUCUGCGUGAUGUGGCCCCGUCAUCGUCCUCGCCGCACAUGGGCGCGAGUGGCACACACGGGAAGGAGUUGAGGGUCCGUACCACUACUACCACGGGCAACAAGACGAGCUCGAGCUCUAGUCUGCUCAGGCCCGUUAGGGAGCCCGCCACGGUAUCGGAAGGUAUGGGCAUGGGCAACGGCAUGAGUGUUGAAGUGAUCCCGGAGUUCAAAUUGCCGGGGCCGAAGUACGGGCCCAUGAGGAAACAGACAGAGGGUGGGAAUGAGGCUGGGGGUGGCGGUAGUGGAGGUGCAGGUGGCGGCGUAGGUGGAGGUGCAGGCGGCGUGUCCUCCGCACAGGGGUGA